CCCCCUUCCUUUCCCCAAGUUGCAUCAGGUUCCUUUUAUGUGGCCGCCGCUGGCCGGACGCGCCGCAAGUCAGUGACCGGAGCGGUCCCAUGACUCAGGCCCGCGGGGGGGGGGACCCUGCCCGGGGGGAUAAAUAGGUGCCCAGGGCACCCGCUAGGCUCAGAAAAACAGGACCGGGAAGGAGCAGCCAGAGACGGGCCGGGACCCCUCUCACGUCCCCCGCACUGACCUGCCAAGGAAACACAACUUACCCGCACUGGACUGUCUGCUGCGUCUUGGAGCAUUGCUACUGUCGGACUCCUGGGUUCUCUCUCCGGCUCUGGGAGAGGAGUGAGGUCUAGUGGUUAGAGCGGGGCGGGCGCCAGGACGCCUAGUUUCUCUCCCUGAUUUGGGCUCGGAUCCGGCACUGCCUAUCGGCCCUCAGCAUGUGGGGUGGCUCGACCCCCGUCCCAGCAGAGUCCUGGCUGCUGCUGGCUGCCCUGAUGUGGGGGACCCGGCCCCCCGCUCCCUCCCAGGCUGCCCCCCUGCAGAACUCCAGCCCCCUGUACCAGUUCGACGGGCAGGUUCGGCUCCGACACCUGUACACAGCUAACACCCACACACAGCUGUACCUGGAGAUCACCCCGCAGGGCGAGGUGCGCGGGGCCCCCGACCAGACCCCCUACAGUCUGAUGGAGAUUAAGGCGGUGAAGCCUGGUGUGAUCCGGAUGCAAGGGAUGAAAACGCUCCUGUUCCUGUGCAUGGAUCCCAGCGGGCAUCUGCAUGGGGCGAGCUCAUACUCAGAGGCCUGUAAUUUCUGGGAAAAGGUUCAGCGUGACGGGUACAACCUCUACUUCUCUGAGACCCACAACGUCCCUGUCAGCCUGAGGCCUGCAGAGGGGCCCCCUGGCCGGGGGCCAGCCCCACGUCUCUUCCACUUCCUGCCCAUGGUCAGCCGGGUGCCGGUGGAGCCUGUCCUGCUGGAAUACGACUUCUACGGCGACCCGCCGCUGGAUGUGGAGUCCUCCGACCCCCUCAGCAUGAUGAGCCGCCUCUCCCGGGUCCUGAGCCCCAGCUACAUCUUCUAAUAGCCAGGACUCCUGGGUCCCCUGCCCAGCUCAGGGAGGGGAGCAGGGUCUAGUGGUUAGAGCAGGGGGGCGCUGGGAGGCAGGACUCCUGGGUUCUCUCCCUGGCUCCGGGACUGAUUUCCCCUGGACUGGGACCUAUGGACGCCAGUGCUGAGUAGCCUGAUGCAGACAGUGGUCCACAAGAUGCAGCACCAUCGGUCCUACGGGCCGAUUCCCAUCAGCCGUAUUUGGUUCCUAUUUUUCUAUGUAUUUAAUAACUUAUUUAUUAACCAGAUGGGUUUAUUUAUUGAGCGGGUUCGUGGAAUCCGUGGCUGGCUGGGGUGCACAGGUGAGGGGAUUCCUGCUAUUUAUUGGGGCAUCGUUCCAGGACUGGCUAUUUAUUGCGGGGUCCGUGGCGGCUUUGUGGCCAACGGCUUGAGAAUAAACAACUGGUGUGAGCCAAA